CUCCCCGUCUCUUCCCUCCGCCUUGGCCAGCCUCUCCUAUGGCCUGGCCUAGGCGGCGGCAGCGGCCGCAGAGGGAGGGAGUUGCCGCCGCCUCAGCCACCAGGCCCGCAGGGGGAUGGCCGGCGCCGGGCCCUCCGGCUCCCUUCUCGACCUGCCGGCUUCCCUCAUGUGUCGCUUCUACGAGAUCAUGGACGCCCUCGGCCGCCCCGACUGGGAGCGCUUCGCCUCCAGGAUUGCACGGAACCAGGUGGAGCUGCGCCUGUACGAGAAGACGGAGGGGCGCACCCAGCAGCUCAUGUGGGCCUGGAUGAAUCGCAACGCCCGCGUCUCCGACCUGCUCUGGAUCCUCGAGGACUUGCAGCUGUACCUGGCUCGGGACGUCAUCGCCUCGUGGCAUCCUCCAGCACUUCAUCCGAAGCCCAGUGUAUCACCCUCUCCCCUUCCGUCUGCCUUCCGCGAUCCCCCACGUACCCCGGAUCCAGGUGGGGCUGGCAGCAGGGUGAAGACUUCUAUGUGGGACCCCCAGAAGGGAGCCUCUUCGCCUGCUGCAGGAUGCCAGUCGGAGCACAACAGUUCCCCUGCCAGACCAGACCGAGACCUGUCUAGUUCGACGACUGGACUCAGGAGUGGCCAGACAGAAGCUUCUGGGACUGCACAAGCAGGACAUGAAGAACUCCCCUGCCCGUCACGCUCUCUGCCAGACCCCUCUCGUAGCAGCCGCCUCAGCAGCAACGUCCGAAGCAGCUCACCUUUACCUCCUCCGGCCCACCUCAAGGAACAGACCUGCGAUUCCCUGUCCCCGACCUGCCCCUUCUCCUGGCCUCUGAAGGAACUGCUCCAGGCCACGGGGAACUUCUCUGAGCAUCUGAAGAUCGGCGAAGGUGGCUUCGGCUGCGUCUACCAGGCCCGGCUUCGCAAUACUGAUUACGCCAUCAAACGGCUCAAGGAGGAAGCAGAACUGGAUUGGACAGUGAUAAAGAACAGUUUUGUCACGGAAGUGGAGAAACUCUCCCGGUUCCGUCACCCCAACAUUGUCGAGUUUGCAGGUUGCUGUGCCGAAGCGGGAAACUUCUGCCUCGUCUACGUCUUCCUCCCCAAGGGCUCCUUGGAAGACCACUUGCAUGGGCAGGCCGGUCUCUGCCUAUCCUGGGCCCAGCGGCUCCACGUGGCUGUGGGGACGGCCAGAGCCAUUCAAUUCUUGCACAGCGAUUCCCCUAGUCUCAUCCACGGGGACGUCAAGAGCUCUAACAUCCUCCUGGACGCGGCGCUCAACCCCCGGCUGGCCGACUUUGGACUGGCCCGAUUCAGCCGCCGGCCAAAGCCAGGGCAAGUCAGCGGCACGCUGGGCCGGACCCAGACAGUACGGGGCACGCUGGCCUACCUGCCCUUCGAGUAUAUCCAGAGCGGGACGCUUUCAACGGCCAUUGACGUCUUCAGCUUCGGCGUGGUACUACUGGAAAUCUUAACGGGGCAGCCACCCAUAGAAGUGGAUUUAGAAGGACGCCACAAGUACUUGAAGGAUCUGGUGAGUGAAGAUGAGGAGCCGAAGGCCAGGCCGCCGUCUGCCGCGAUGUCUUCCGCCUCCUCCCAGUCCCUGCAGCUCGGCACCCAUCUCUACCAGAAGCACGCGGACCCACGGGCCGGGCCCUGUCCGGAGCAACUUGGCGCGGCGAUAGGGAGGCUGGCCUGCCAUUGCCUUCAACGCCGAGGCAAGCGACGCCCUCCGAUGGCCGAGGUCUACAGAGAGCUGGAGCAGCUGCAGCUGUCGUUGUACGGGGCAGCGGCUUCCCCUUUGCCGCCAUCAGGACAGCCCCCCCGCGGCCCCCAGGAGAGCUCCUACCCCUCCCGGCCUCUCAACCAGCCCGAAGAGAGCGACGAAAGCCUGGACUCGGAGUUGCGCAGCUGCGGAGCCCUGUCCCGAGAGGGGCCUGUGCUGUGCCCCCCAGGCGGCGACGCCCCCCAGAUCGUCAUCAACCCGGCACGGAGGCGCAUGAUGGAGCGGCUGGCCCUCUACAAUGACGGAGCCCUCGACAGCAUGGCUGUACUUGCUUCGCUCUCCUUGGAGGAAGAGCACAUCGCAAGGCCCUCUCGUGAGCCCGAAGAGAGCGACGAGUUCGAGGCCUGAAGCUGACGUUCAGAAAUGGAAGAAAUAAAGUUCUCAUGGCGCUGGUGGCACUUUCCCGACUCCGGAGACCCCAUCCCCUUUUUGGUGUCGUGCGUAGGCACUGCUUCGCUGGCACGACUCGCCCCAUCAAGCUGGCCCCUCCGGCACACUGCUGUUCCCAGAGGGGUUUUCGGUCAAAUCAUCAGCCGUAAUCGAGACCGCCUGAUAGGCGGGUGCUCAUUUCGGCUCGGAGCAAAGCCCAUGCCCCAAGACCGGAUUCUCCUGGGGAGAGGGUGGUUGUGGCCUUCGGGGGUUUUAUUUACAUUUUUGUAACCUUAACAGCCUUCUUCAUGCAGUCUCCUCACUACAUAUUCCUCUUUCAUGGAUGGGCACAAUAAAUAAAAUAUUUUAUAUAUUUGUAA